UCCAAAUCCGUUCCUCUCCCCCAAAGCUCCGUCUAAUUCUCUCCUCCGCCUUCACUCAAACUCACCAUUCAAUUCAACCCUCCUUCCUUUCUCAAUAUCCGAGACUGAUCGCAGCACCCAAUGGGGGCUGGGCGCGAAGUGGUAAUAUCGCUCGAUGGAGUGAGGGACAAGAACGUGAUGCAGCUCAAGAAGCUCAACACUGCUCUCUUCCCUGUUCGCUACAACGACAAGUAUUACGCCGAUGCGCUUGCCUCCGGCGAAUUCACCAAGCUCGCAUAUUAUAGUGACAUAUGUGUUGGAUCAAUUGCCUGUCGGCUGGAGAAGAAGGAAGGUGGGGCUAUCCGAGUUUACAUCAUGACAUUGGGUGUUUUAGCACCAUAUCGUGGGCUUGGAAUUGGCACAAGACUGCUCAGCCAUGUUCUUGAUCUUUGCUCGAAGCAGAACAUAUCUGAGAUUUACUUACAUGUGCAAACAAACAAUGAAGAUGCCAUUAGCUUUUAUAAGAAAUUUGGGUUUGAAAUUACAGACACCAUCCAGAACUAUUACACCAACAUUGACCCACCAGAUUGCUAUGUUGUGACAAAGUUCCUUACCCAUCCUCAAGCAAAGAAAUGAUGUUUUUGGAGAUACCAACAAAUGUGGAAUACUAUCCUUGUCCCAUUUAAGCAUCAACUUAUUGUGAUUAACUGGCAGAUAAGGAUUGAGAAUCCAUCAGUGAGGUGAAGUUAUCUGCAAUGGGUCCAAGGAGCUGAAUGUUUAUGUUCAACAGUUAAAAGUAAACAGAAACUUUUGUUUUGUUUGUUUUUCUUCUGAAAGUUUAGUAAACCGGCUUUUUUGCAGCUUGAUGAAGAGAAAAUGUUUGAUUAUGA